AUGAAUAAUCGAAUUGUGAUAUGUGGUGGAGGAUUAAUGGGGCUUUCUGUUGCUUAUAACUUGGCAAAGAGAGGUGUCAAAGAACUUUUUCUCUUCGAAAGGAAUUGUAUCGGUGCUCAUAAUUCUUCACGGGUUAACACCGGAUUAUUUGUAAGUCCAAUGUUUUAUUCUGAGCCUUCUCUCCGUUCAGUUGCUCGAAAAUCAUUAAAUAUUUAUAAUGAAUUGGCUGCUACAGGAGCAUUUGACUUCAAUAAAUGUGGUCGAGUUUAUUUAUCAUCCAGCGAUGAAUCAGAAACGCAGGCACGAAGAUUACUUACUCGAUUAGUUACUGACCCUUCAAGUUCUUUUCAAGUUGAAGCAAUUGACUGUCCUAGUGAAAUGUUGGCAAGAUGGCCUAUGCUUGCAACGGAAGAUGUUAAGUUAGCCGUUUUCUCCCCUUUGGAUGCAACAAUUGACGUUUCUGGACUUUCUCGUAUUUUGGCAGACAAUUGCAGAGAAAUGGGUGUUCAAAUUUUUGAGAAUUGUUCCAUUAAAAAAGUUUUAAUAAACGAGGAAAGCAGAGUUUAUGCUGUGGAUACUGAUGAAGGUUUUAUCGAUGUAAUGGCUUUUGUUGACGCUGCGGGAAUUGAUUCUAGUCUUGUUGAUGUUUUGGGCCUUCCUGAUGCUGACCAUCCAGUCAGAAUAGCUGCUCAUCCUUGUUCAUUUACUUUUCUUUCUACUGAUCCCUUACCUCAUUGUCAAUCAUCUAGUCAAUCACAACCUGUUUUUGUUUGUAUGGACGAAAAUACUUUUAUUUGCCCUUUAAAGACAAAAACAAUUUGUGGAGGUUUUACAAUGGAAGGUGGUGAUUUACAAGCAUUACCUCCAUCUUCACAAACUUCUAAAGGAUCGGUGACUGAAUGGCAUAUGCCAACACCCGUUUGGGAUAAUUUUCGCAUAAUUCUUCGCCAUUUGAUCGACAGAUGUCCUGAAUUGGCACAAUUAUCUCGUGGGGAACUGAUGACUAGUGCAGAAAUGUACACACCAGAUAUGAAGCCUCUUAUUGGAGAAUCCGAUCAGGCUAAAGGUUUUUUCCUCGCUACUGGUCUUAAUGGACAAGGUGUCUCAUUUGCUGGAGGUUUGGGUUCAGUGCUUGCAGAAUGGAUUUUGAGUGGAUCAAGUAGCAUUCCUGUAGAUAAAUUGGAAUUAACUCGAUUUCUUCCUUUGCAUUCUAAUCCGCAUUAUCUUUAUUUACGUGUGCCGGAAAUUGCAUUCAACACUCUAAAGAAUCCUCUCUCAUCACAUCAAUGCCAUACAGCUAGAAAUUUACGUACUUCCCCAAUUCACCACAGUUUAAGGGAUGCUGGUGCUGUUUUUGCAGAAAUAAUGGGUUAUGAAAGGCCUCUUUGGUAUAAUACAGCGUCCCAUUUUGAUCAAGAUAGUGAUGGACCAAGAUUGCCUCGCCCAUCAAAUUUCUCUGGAGAAGAUCAACUUGUUGGAAAACCUAAAUGGUUUCCACUUGUCUCGAAGGAAUAUUCAACUUGUAGAGAACGAGUUGGACUUAUUGAUAUGACAAGUUUUUCAAAAUUCGACAUUCAAGGCGCUGAUGUUGUUCCUUUAUUGCAACGCCUCUGUUCUGGAAAUAUUGAUUGUCCAGUUGGAACGACAGUUUAUACUGGAAUGCAAAAUGAUCAUGGAGGAUACUUGACUGAUUUAACUUUAAGUCGAAUGGGAUUGCACUAUUAUUUUAUAGUAGCUCCAACUGUCCAACAAGUUCGUUUAGCUCUUUGGAUUAAAAAAUGGGCAAAUGAAUGGAAAAUGAAUAUUCAACUUCAAGAUGUGACAAAUGCUUUUACAGCGCUAGAUAUUGUUGGACCAGCAUCUAGAGCUUUAAUGAGUGAAGUUACUGGAAAAACUAUGUCUCCUAAUGAAUUUCCUUCAUUUUCUUUUAGAGAAAUGCAUAUUGGAUUAGCUGGUCCAAUUCGAGUAAUAAGUGUUACACAUUGUGGUGAACUUGGUUGGAUGCUUUAUAUUCCGAAUGAGGUGGCUCAAAAUGUUUAUGAACAAUUAAUUGAAGCUGGUUCUCUACAUGGAUUAAAGCAUUGUGGAUAUUAUGCACUAAGGCAUUUACGUAUCGAAAAAUUUUAUGUUUACUGGGGUCAGGAUAUUGGUAGUGGAACUACACCUGUCGAAUGUGGCCGGGCUUUUCGUGUUGAUUUUGAUAAAGAAUUUAUUGGAAAAGAAGCUUUACAAAAACAAUUAGAUAGAGGAGUAAAUAAACGUUUUGUCCAACUUUUAUUAGAAAAUCAUAAUUUGGAAACUGACCCGUGGCCACAAGGGGAAGAACCAAUUUAUCGGAAUGGAAAAUUGGCAGGUUGGACAACAACAGCGGCAUAUGGAUUUACUCUUGGAUGUCACGUUUGUUUGGGCUAUAUAGAGAACAAAGAAUUUGGUUUGACAACAGAAUUUUUGAAUAAAGGAAGUUAUGAAGUUGAAUUAGCAGGAAAGCGAUUUACAUGUAAAGUUAAUUUACACUCACCUACAUUACCUAUGUUUUCAUCCGAACAUCCACAACAUUAUAGACCUACACAAUAA